CGAGCCAGGACGCAAGAAGGGAAAUUUUCUCAGCCCCGGGAAAAGGAAGAUGGUCGAUCUUUGUGGAAGAGCGACGGUGGAAUGCAGACACGAUAUACUCGCCGAUAGUGCGCGAAAUCCUAGCGUCUUGAGGAGACGGAAGGCGGAGAGAAGAACCGCCACCGUUAUCAGCUCGCGGCAGGAUUGGCCUAGCAGGGGGAUGCAGGGCUCCGUCGACGGCCAAUGGCGUUCUGGUCUCGGCUUUUCAAGGAUUCUGUCUCCCCUAACCCCUCGCCACCCCGAAAUCCGGCGUGUCCUGGGCACGACAUACACGCGCGCGCGAGGCGUUGUCGAUGUACCCGAGACUCCGACUUUUCCACCCCUGCACGCGUAUAUACGUCAAGGCCACUGCCCACCGGUCACCAGAGUUCACCGUCGUCGCUGGUGGAUGUCCGACUAUUUCGUAUAUUCCACCCUCUACUAACCUCCCCUCGACGACCUCGUUUGCCGCUCCCUAUCCGUUCUCCUUCCUCAGAAGUAUCUCUCCAGGAAACAUCUCCGAUUCGCACCACAAUGGUCCAGCUUUUUCUACGCUUUCUGGGAUUCCGAGGGAGCUCCCGUACGACUGACAAUGGUAGUGAGGUAUU